GGCGGCGGCGGCGGCGGGCGGCGCCCCCGGGCAAUAUGUUCAAGAGAAUGGCAGAGUUCGGGCCUGACUCCGGCGGCAGGGUGAAGGGCGUUACCAUCGUGAAGCCGAUCGUGUACGGGAACGUCGCGCGGUAUUUUGGGAAGAAGAGAGAGGAGGAUGGUCACACUCACCAGUGGACGGUGUAUGUGAAGCCGUACCGGAACGAGGACAUGUCUGCAUAUGUGAAAAAAAUUCAAUUCAAGUUGCAUGAAAGCUACGGUAAUCCUUUAAGAGUUGUUACCAAACCACCAUAUGAAAUCACCGAAACAGGCUGGGGUGAAUUUGAAAUAAUCAUUAAGAUAUUUUUCAUUGAUCCAAAUGAAAGACCUGUAACUUUAUAUCACUUGCUGAAGCUUUUUCAGUCGGAUACCAAUGCCAUCCUGGGGAAGAAAACGGUAGUUUCUGAAUUCUAUGAUGAAAUGAUAUUUCAAGAUCCUACUGCAAUGAUGCAGCAGCUGUUAACAACGUCUCGUCAACUAACACUAGGUGCUUAUAAACACGAAACAGAGUUUGCAGAUCUUGAAGUGAAAACCAGGGAAAAGCUCGAAGCUGCCAAAAAGAAGACUAGUUUUGAAAUCGCUGAGCUUAAAGAAAGACUAAAAGCAAGUCGUGAAACCAUCAACUGUUUAAAGAGUGAAAUCAGAAAACUUGAAGAAGAUGAUCAGUCUAAGGAUAUGUGACAAGUGCUGACUUGAGUGUGUACUGAAAAUGGAAAGACUUCAGUCAUGGAAUUGUAUGAGUUCUCUUCAGUUCUGUAACUGAGACUAUGAGAAUUUCACUGGCAAAUGAUUGAAGUUUGUGGCAAUCAACUCCAUAAAUGGAAGAAAAAA